CUGCUGAGUUUGGAGGAUCGACCGAACAUCUGUUGCCGGCUGCUGGAUUUUGCGUAUUUGUGUUUUACAUGUUAUCUGAGUCGCUGCCUUAAUUUUUAACUUCCUCGAACAUUAAUUAACGGCAAGGUGACGUUAACUUGCUUGGAGUUAUUGUUUCACCCUUUGUUGCAGCUGGAAUCCUUGGACAGAUUUUACGGUCUUCAUUUCACAAUCAUUGCCUCCACCUCCAGCUCCACGUUGAACUUCCUCCCUUUUACACUCGGAUCUCUUGCUACACAGAGCCAUGGCAGCUGCUAAGCCAAAAGGGCAGAACUCUCUAGCCCUUCACAAAGUGAUUAUGGUGGGCAGUGGAGGAGUGGGGAAAUCAGCCCUCACUCUCCAGUUCAUGUAUGAUGAGUUUGUUGAAGACUAUGAGCCUACCAAAGCAGACAGUUACAGGAAGAAAGUGGUGUUGGACGGAGAGGAGGUACAGAUUGACAUCCUUGACACAGCUGGACAAGAGGACUACGCAGCCAUACGAGAUAACUACUUCCGCAGUGGCGAGGGUUUCCUCUGUGUGUUUUCCAUCACAGAACUGGAAUCAUUUGCAGCAACAGUAGAUUUCAGAGAGCAGAUUUUGAGAGUGAAGGAGGAUGAGAACGUGCCCUUUCUUUUGGUCGGUAACAAGUCAGACUUGGACGACCGACGGCAGGUCAGCGCAGAUGAGGCGAAGGCACGCGCUGAGCAGUGGGGUGUUUGCUAUGUGGAGACUUCUGCCAAAACCCGUGCAAAUGUUGACAAGGUGUUUUUUGAUCUGAUGCGAGAGAUCCGGGCAAGGAAAAUGGAAGACAGCAAAGAGAAGAAUGGGAAGAAAAAAAGUAAAAGUUUGGCCAAGAGAAUUAGAGAGAGAUGCUGUAUUUUAUAGUGGUAAGAGAGAGCAGGAUAGCUGCUUAUGUACAUACACAUUUCUCAGACUUUUGCAUUGAUUUUUGUGCCCAUACCUGACCAUGACUUUCUGUUCCUGGCUAACAGGACAUCCGACCGUGUGUCAGGGAGUAGAAAGGUGGCGCUCCCUACAUCAUUUAUAGCUCUAACUUUUUAUGUGCUGACACUCCAAAUAAUUUAUGUUUUCUCUCUAUAUCGCUCUUACUCUGACCACAUUACAGAGUGUACUAAAUGGAUGGUGUUUUAAUUUAGGCCUAAGCUUGACAAAAAGGCUGAGCCCUGAAAUGUUACAAAACCUUUCAUUGUAAAGUUUGAUGUGUAUAAUAUAUUCAGACAAAUGUGCUGUUCAAAAGAAAAUAUAAAAAUGAAGGUGUCAGAGCUAAGGUUUGAAUGGGGAAGACAUAACUGGAGCUUUGGUUGGAACUGCAAGUUAACAGACUCAGCAGUGUAGUGUCAACUCAUAAGUGCCACCAAGGAAAUGUACAUUGCACUGAUGGAUCUAUAAAGCAAGCGAAGUGAUGCCAUUCCUAUUUGUCGUUUUACACCUCAAUUUUGCUACAUGGUAUGGUUAUGAUCACUUAUUUUUAUCUGUGAAGUCAACCUUUUUUUUUUUCUUCCUGUCAUAUCAGCCAAUGUAAGAUAAGCGCUCUAAAGUUUCCAUUUUCUUCCCCCUUAGCAUUGCUUUGUUGAGUCUUCUCAAAUGCACAAAUGACAUUGAUCAUCACCCUUAAAUCUGUGAGGGAUUUUACAACACUUGAACUGUUUUCAAAUCUAACAUUUCAGAAGUUUUACCUCAUUCGGCUAAUGACUUCCAUUGCCUUUUUUGGGGGGGGCAACAAAGGAAUCCCUGGUGCUCUGAUAAAAGGUGAUUCCAUGACACUACAUCCUUAAGGUUGAUUU